CCUUUCAUCUGCUGCCACCUCGCGGACAAAGCCCUUAAUUGCUGGCGGUCGUUUCCAUAGCAACAGUUGUUACCAGACCUCAGCUUUGUCAGUAACAGGCGACUAUUUUUUCUGCGUAAUAUGGCUUCAAACGUUUAAAUACCACUUUUAGGCUGCCAGUAAGUGGUAAGGUAAAUCAUCAGACGGACGAUCUGUAGAGAAAAGAUGGCUGGAAAGGGCAGUUUGGCGAAACUAGACGUCGGUGUAUUAAGUGCUGAACAGCAAGAGAAACUGCAACAGUUCAAGAUUAAGACGAGAAUCGACAACGAGAAUUAUUUGAGGUCGCAUCCAGAAGUAGAGGUAUUGAUAGGCGACUUUCUGAGAGAUGUGCUUCUUAAAAUGCCUGCUGACAUCUGUGAAUUUGCUGCAGAUUACUUCACCAACCCAAACCUCCAUGCAGUUAUUGGCUCCAAAAUGGAAGGAAACAUGAAGUGAAACACACCCAGUCACGGUGCUUCUCCUUUGUGUCUUUCAUGUAUGGACUCUAUUUUAGUAACAACAAAGACACAUAUACAUUUGCGUUAGUCCAGUAAUUGUUUGUAAUGUCAGAUUUCCUAUCAUACACACACGGGAAGUUGGUUAAUAGGGAAGAUGGUAACGGCGGUUCCUAAUGAGUGUGAUUAAAGGUUAAUGAGAAGAGAAUGUCUUGUGUGUAUUACACACACAGUACACUGUGCUAUUUGUCACAUCAUGUUGUCACAUCACCAAUGUGAUUGUGAAGGGAUAUACUGAAAGCUCUAGUUUGUUAACUGCUUGCAACUACCUUUUCCACCAGAACCAUCAGUCUUUGUGGUCUGCAUUGUGGUCCCAGUUGUUGAGUGGACAUACUAUAGUCAGUAGUCAGUUUUUCUCUUUUCUGUCUGUCUUCUCUCAUAUUCUUUUUCUGAUGUUUUAUAUCCUGUUCCUCAUUUUAUAUACAUAUUCAUUUUUGUGCCAUUGGAAAAUUAGAUUCACAUUUAUGUGGGAAAGAAAAAUUAUAGACUGUGAAAACAAGUAAAAAUGUUAUGGAGAAAGUUUACUGACAUGGAAUGUCUGAGAUUAAUGUGGGGUUUUCCCACUGAACUGGAUUUAGCAUCUAGCCGACAUCAGAAUUGCACCUGCAGUGGCCUUAACAUUUAAGUGUGUUUGGUAUCACCGCUAAAUUUUCAAAAGCUACUGUUAAUUGAGCUUUUACCAUGUAGUUAUCUUCCUUUGUUUGUUUUUGGCUAGGUCAUUUAUUUGGCGUAACAGCCAUUGCUGUGAAUUGACAUGAUGUAUGGUCUAAUAAAUAAUUAUCACUGUUAUAUAACCUCAAAAAUAAAUGUACAACUUCUCAUA